AUGUCCAUGAUUGACUGGCCUAUUCCAAAAUCCUUGAAAGCCUUGAGGGGGUUUCUCGGACUUACUGGUUAUUACAGAAAAUUCAUCAAGGAUUAUGGAUCCAUUGCUGCCCCAUUAACAGUGCUGUUGAAGAAAAAUGCUUUCCAUUGGACUGAGGAGGCAUCUCAGGCUUUCCAACACUUGAAGAGGGUUGUUACUAGUCCACCAGUACUCAAACUGCCUGAUUUUUCUAAAAGCUUCACUAUUGAGUGUGAUGCUUCAGGCUUUGGGUUAGGAGCUGUUCUCAUGCAAGACAAUCAGCCUAUUGCUUUUUAUAGCAAGGCAUUAAAAGGUAAGGCAUUACUUUUAUCCACCUAUGAAAAGGAGUUGCUAGCUCUUGUUUCUGCUGUAGCUAAAUGGAGGCCUUAUCUUUUGGGUGUUGUGUUUAAAAUAAAGACUGAUCAGCAAGCUCUUAAGUACUUACUAGAGCAAAGGGUUGGCACAGAAACUCAGCAGAAAUGGCUUCUGAAGUUGAUUGGCUACGAUUUUACUAUUGAUUACAAAAGAGGGAAAGAAAACAAGGUAGCUGAUGCUCUUUCCAGGAAGUCUGAAGAACAGUCAGCAACCUUAGCACUUACCACUUUUCCUACCUCUCUUUGGGUGGAAGAAUUAAAACAAAGUUAUCAACUUUACCCCAUAAUCCAAGACAUCUAUGAGAAGUUGCAACAAGGAUCAGAGGGUCCUAAGCACUUUACAUUACAACAAGGCUUGUUAUUGAGGAAAUGGAAAUUUGUGGUGGUUUCAGAUUCACCAUUCAAGGCUAAAAUUCACCAAGUUUGGACAUUUUUUUCCUUGGCACAUCCCUAUUCAGCAAGUAAAGUAGCCCAGGUUUUCUUCUCUGGUGUAUUUAAGCUGCAUGGGCUACCUAAAUCAAUUGUAUCAGAUUGUGAUGCUAUUUUCACUAGUAAUUUUUUAAAUGAGCUUUUCAAAUUGCAAGGCACUUCCCUCAAUUUCAGUUCUGCCUAUCAUCCUCAAUCAGAUGGGCAAAUUGAGGCCUUGAAUAAAACUCUUGAAGGGUAUUUGAGAUGUUAUACCAGUGACAAACCAAAGGAGUGGAGUUUGUGGAUUCCUUUGGUUGAAUGGUGUUACAACACCACUUGUCACUCUUCCAUCAGAAUCUGUCCUUUUGAAGCACUUUAUGGAUACUUACCUCCUAAAUUGGUUUCUUAUAUAGCUGGCACCUCAGUCAAUCCUGCAGUAGACCAGCAACUUAAAACCAGAGAGCAGUUUUGGCUAAUGCUAAGGGAGAAUUUGCUGAAGUCACAGAACAGGAUGAAGGAGUUUCCAGAUAGAAAGAGAACUGAGAGGGAAUUUCAAGUUUUGGAAAGAGUUGGAACAGUUGCCUACAGACUCAACUUCCCUCCUUCUACAAAGAUACAUCCUGUUGGACAAGUGCAACCUGAACCUGAAGUGAUCUUACAAAGAAGGAUGAAGAGAAUCAGAAACCAUGCUGUCACUGAAGUAUUAGUGAAAUGGUUAGGAGCUCCUAUUGAAGAUAGUACCUGGGAACUUCUGUGGACAUUGCGGGAUCGUUAUCCCCACCUUGUGGGCAAGGUCCUCUAG